AUUAGGUAGUACCUUACUUCCAUUCUACUCAUUGUAGCCUUUCUUUCUCCCUACAAGUCAGUUGCUUUGGGAAAACCUCGCUACCUAUCCUACUUUCCUCAGAAUUACGCUGCCUAUCUUAUUCGACAUCUUGAUUAUCUUUUUUGUAAUAACGAUACUAUCUUCACAACCAACAAGGUCAAUCUCCAGGGUGUAAUGGUCACGGUGUGACUUUUUCCAUGUGCAUCCUCGUGACGACCAUGUCGCAAUUACACGAAGACCAUGCGCCACUUGCACUUCAGUCUCCUAUUCGACCAGGAUCAUCGUGGACAAGUAACUCGGGAUUUGCCGAUUCUGCAAUCAGCCUCAGAAGUAAUACUCCGCGUCCUAUGGAUGAUAGUACAAAGACAUUUGAUGUUGUCGAAGAGCCCACACAUGUCACAAAUCGCUUGAACGGUCUCGUGUCUGAAAUCUGGGCUAUUGAACAAGAUGGGAGUCUCCACCCGACCAAGCGAAGGAGGAUCGAAAAUGCCAUCGAUCUCAUCGAGGCUGCCUUGAACGACGACGAUCCUGAGCACCUGGACGAUGCCCACUUUCAAUCCCAAUCACCUAAUCCUUCUGCCCUAUCGUCUUCCUCGGCCCUGCCUUCCGAGCUUGCAGUGGUUCGCGAGAAUCUCGCAAGUACCAUCGACUCCAUGCGCAUGCGCCAACACGAACAACGCCACCUCCAACAACUCACGGUUGAGAAACUCGAAGCAGUGGCCGAACAGUGCCUUCGCCAAGAAAAACGCCUGCAUGAAUUCUCUGAUGAGAUCGUCCGGCUGAAGAGAAUAAACGGCGCCUUGGUUGAAGAAAAUAACAUGCUCAGUACUCAAGUCGAUCUGACAACAUUAGAAUCGGUGAAAAGAGAUACCGCGGUCAAUGCCAUGUCGAGUGCCGUUGCUGGUCUGGAAGGCUGGAUUAAUAACACGCCCACUCCUAGCCACAAGCAGCGAAAGAUUGUGACACGCGGAAAGGGGCGUUUUAGAGGACGCUACUACGUCGAUGACCCCGAACCAUUCGACUCUGAAUACAACGUCGCUGAUUCCCCAGACACCAAAAUUCGCGAAGGCGUCAAUUCCUGGCUUCGUGGAUUUCGCGACAUCGAGGACGAAUUGCGUUCCUCCGCUUCUGCAAUAGGUGCGGCACCACGACAUGCGCAUAAGGACGACGACGACGAUUGGGGAGAUUUCGAGAGCGCCGCAGCCUGACAUCGCAUCGUUUUGAUGCUCUUUAGGGAGGAGCUGGUGCGUCCGGUCUGCUGAGUUGCUGUGAGUGUCCGGGGGUUGCAAUCGUGCUCUGCGACUCGACUUCUGCGCAAAUGAUCAAGCAAUCGGCUUCAGUCUCGCAACAGAUGUGGCAGUUGGGCGUGAUGCAGAUCACGCUGGGAUUCAUCAAGACUUCAGAUUCAUCCCAUCAGCGUUGAAACUCAAUGAUAGCAACCUAAUUUCGUCAAGUCAGCUUUGGAUCGUCAUUGAAACAUAGAAUGCACACCUGUGAU